GUGAUGGAAAAGAAAGAAUAUCUUUUACGUACCCCCCCAGUUUGGCAACCUUUUUUGAAAUGAUACAAAGUAAAAUGUCUCUGUUCAGAAAAGAAAAAUUAACUUCUAAUGAAUUUUAUAAUCAGUGGAGUUAUAGGAAUGAACAUAAAAAGAAAAAGCUAAACAAUAAAUUUUUAAAUAGAGUAAAAACUCUCGACAAAACUCUAAAUCUAAAUAAAGAAUUUUUUGUUCUGAAUGUACUCGAAAAAAGAACUAGAUUGUGUAAUGAUAAGACUAAAAAAGAAUACUUAACAAAAAUAUAUGAUCCUUUCUUGAAUGGACCCUACCGGGGACGGAUCAAAAAAUUGUUUACACCUUCAAUCAUAAAUGAAGCUUCUAUAAAAAAUUACAUAGAAAGGGUUUGUAUAAAUAAAAUUCAUGGUAUCCUUCUUAUUAUUAAUUACUUAGAAUUUGAACAAAAAACAAAUCCAUUUGAUAUAAAUGAUAGAAAAUCAUUAGUAACAGAAAUCGGUUAUUUAUUGAAUUUAAUCAAUGAAUUGGCUGUAAAAUCAACAUCAAGUUUAAAUUUUCAAAGAAUUUUUUUAGUUCCAGAACACGAACAAGUAAGAAUUCAUUCAGAGGAUCAAUUUAAAAUUUUAAAUUUUUUAUUCGAUGCAGUUAGAACUGUUCCGAACGAUAAAACAAUAAAAAAAAAAUCUAUUGAAAUAAAAGAAAUUAAUAAAAAAGUUCCUCGGUGGUCAUACAAAUUAAUCACCGAUUUAGAACAACAAGAGGGAGAAACCGAGGAAAGUGUGGUAGAGGAUCAUGAGAUUCGUUCAAGAAAAGCCAAACGCGUAGUAAUUUUUACUGAUAACCACCAGAAUACUGAUGCUUAUACCAAUACCCAAGAAACUAAUAAUACUGAUCAAACAGCCGAAAUUGCUUUAAUACGUUAUUCACAACAACCGGACUUUCGUCGAGACAUAAUCAAAGGCUCUAUGCGCGCUCAAAGGCGUAAAACAGAUACUUGGAAACUUUUUCAAGCAAAUUUGCCUUCCCCCCUUUUUUUGGGCCGAAUAGACAAAUCUUUUUUUUUUUUUUUUGAUAUUUCAGCGCGUAUGAAAAUAAUUUUUAGAAAUUGGAUGCGGAAAAACACAGAAUUUUUGGAUUAAAAAAAGAAAAAAACAAAAGAAAGCGAGAAAAAAAAAGAAGAGGACAAAAAAGAAGAAGACAAAAGAAAGGAGAAAGCGCGUAUAGAAAUAGCAGAAGCCUGGGAUAGUAUUUUACUUGCUCAAGUACUAAGAGGUUUUUUGUUAGUAACCCUAUCAAUUCUUAGAAAAUAUAUUAUAUUACCUUCAUUGAUAAUAGCUAAAAAUAUAGUCCGUAUACUAUUAUUUCAAUUUCCUGAAUGGUCUGAGGAUUUAAAGGAUUGGAAUAGAGAAAUGCAUAUUAAAUGUACCUAUAAUGGCGUUCAAUUAUCAGAAAAAGAAUUUCCAAAAAACUGGUUAACAGACGGUAUUCAGAUCAAGAUCCUAUUUCCUUUUAGUCUUAAACCUUGGCACAGAUCUAAACUACAAGCCCCUUAUAAUGAUCCAAUGAAAAAAAAGGAUCAAAAAAACGAUUUUUGCUUUUUAACAGUUUUUGGAAUGGAAACGGAACUACCUUUUGGUUCUCCCAGAAAAAAACUUUCAUUUUUUGAACCCAUUUUUAAAGAACUAAAAAAAAAAUUUAAAAAAUUGAAAAAGAAAUGUUUUAUAAUUCUAAGAAUUUUAAAAGAACAAAAAAAAUUGUUUCUAAAUGUCUCAAAAGAAACAAAAAAAUGGAUCAUUAAAAGCAUUCUGUUUAUAAAAGAAAUAAUAAAAGAACUCUCAAAAAUAAACCCAAUUAUAUUAUUUGGAUUUGGAUUGAGAGAAAUAGAAGUAUAUGAAUUGAGUGAAACUAAAAAAGAUUCGAUAAUUGGUAAUCGGAUGAUUCAUGAAUCGUCGAUUCAAAUUAUAUCUCAGGGUUGGACAAAUUAUUCAUUAACAGAAAAAAAAAUUCAAGAUCUAACUGAUAGAACAAAUACAAUCAUAAAUCAAAUAGAAAAAAUUACAAAAGAAAAUAAAAAAGGAAUUCCAGAUAUAAAUUUUAGUUCUAACAAAAUAAGUUAUGAUGAUAAAGGAUCAGAAUCACAAAAAAAUAUUUGGCGGAUAUUAAAAAGACAAAAUGUUAGAUUAAUCCGUAAGUCACAUUAUUUUAUAAAAUAUUUCAUUGAAAGGAUAUACAUAGAUAUCUUUCUAUGUAUCAUUAAUAUUCCUAGCAUCAAUACACAACUUUUUCUUGAAUCAACAAAAAAAAUUAUUUAUAAAUACAUUAACGAUAAUGAAGCAAAUCACGAAAGAAUUGAUAAAACAAAUCAAAGUGUAAUUCCCUUUAUUUCGACUAUAAAAAAGUCAUUUACUAAUAUUAGUAAUAAGAAUUCAAAGACUUUUUGCAACUUAUCUUACUUUUCACAAGCAUAUGUAUUUUACAAAUUAUCACAAACUCAACCUAUUAACUUAUAUAAGUUAAAAUCUGUAUUUCAAUAUAACGGAAUGUCUCUUUUUCUUAAGAAUGAAAUAAAGGAUUUUUUUGUUGUAACACAA